GUUUUUGCCAUCUUUUCGUAGGAGUUUUAUUUAGGGCAAUUUCAGGAUGAACUUGUUCGUUGGAAUUCUCGUCUUCGUUUUCACACUCGUGUCCGGGAACGAGACGAAUUCAAACUUCGCGUCAGAAGAAACGUUCCAAAUUGACGGGAAAAUUCUGCCACCUUCGGAUUCGUUUCUUCCCUUCAACAUGGAAUCCGUGGAGAUUGUGGUGAAUGGACGUAAACGAGUGAGCUUUGUGCGAAGUGACGGCACUUUUUCAGUGACUGCGAUGCCCGCGGGGUCGCAUUUGAUCGAGAUCGCGAGUCCUAAUUACUUUUUCGAGCCUGUCAAGGUGGACAUCAGUUCUAAGGGCAAGUUCAGGGCGAGGAAAGUGAAUCUCAUCCAACCGUCUCAGCUCGUACAGGUUCCGUAUCCCUUGAAGCUGAAGCCGUUGGGAGCAUCUCGGUAUUUCCAGGCUCGUGAACAGUGGAGAAUACAGGAUCUGAUUUAUUCACCCAUGGUCUUGAUGAUGGUUCUACCAUUAAUCUUCAUUGUGGUGUUGCCGAAACUCAUGAGUGAUCCUGAUGCUCGCAAGGAAAUGGAACAGAUCCAGAUGCCAAAGUACGAAAUGCCUGAUCUUUCGGAAAUGAUGACUUCUUUCUUUGCUGGAGACACCAAGAAAGCAAAGCAACCUGCUGUGAAACCAGCGCCUGUUCCGUAUCCCUUGAAGCUGAAGCCGUUGGGAGCAUCUCGGUAUUUCCAGGCUCGUGAACAGUGGAGAAUACAGGAUCUGAUUUAUUCACCCAUGGUCUUGAUGAUGGUUCUACCAUUAAUCUUCAUUGUGGUGUUGCCGAAACUCAUGAGUGAUCCUGAUGCUCGCAAGGAAAUGGAACAGAUCCAGAUGCCAAAGUACGAAAUGCCUGAUCUUUCGGAAAUGAUGACUUCUUUCUUUGCUGGAGACACCAAGAAAGCAAAGCAACCUGCUGUGAAACCAGCGCCUGAAAUGGAACAGAUCCAGAUGCCAAAGUACGAAAUGCCUGAUCUUUCGGAAAUGAUGACUUCUUUCUUUGCUGGAGACACCAAGAAAGCAAAGCAACCUGCUGUGAAACCAGCGCCUGUGCGUCGGAGACAAUAACAUUUGCCCCUGAUUAUGAUACAUUUCGAAAUUAUGAUUAACAUUAUGAAUGUUUUUCUUUUCUUUGAAAAAUGACCAUGAGCGGAUUUUGGUUUCUUCUGCAUCUAGUCAAGCAAUAUUUUUUUUUGGAAUUAUCAUGAAUUAUUGUAUCUCCGUUGGUUGGCGUCGUCGAAAGAAAAGCAUGUGUGUCCAUUACGGAUUGAUUGCGGUAUUUUUGAGCUGGUCGAGCAGAUUGUUUUGAGCCCUGGCAUUCUGAGAGAAAAAGCGGCCGAUUUGGAAAUUACGAUAUUAUGUUCCGUCUUGAACAAAUGAAAAUGAAAACGGGAAGAGAA